AUGAGCAUCUUUUGGUUUAUAACUACACUGCUACUGCUGAACUUCUGCACCCCAGGUGUCGAUGUUGUUAACGGUAAGGAGUCCAUUCCACACAGCCGCCCAUACAUGGUCUACAUUCGUGACCCACAAACACCUUCAGAAGCAUGUGGUGGAUUUUUGAUAAGAGAAGAUUUUGUGUUGACGGUUGCCCACUGCUAUAGUCACCUCAUGGUGUAUUUGGGUGUUAAUAACACAAUUUAUUUACCUGAGGGUAUAGAGGUUGAUGCCUUUCCACAUUUUGUGAACAAAACGCCAGGUGAUGACAUCAUGCUAUUAAAGCUGAAAACUCCAGUAACUCUGAACAAGACUGUGAAUAUCAUUGACCUGCCAGAAACAAAUAGAGAGAAUAUCUCAAGCAACUGCAUGGUCAUUGGUUGGGGCCGGCAGGAAUGCAAAAAGAAGUCUCUAUCAAGCGUCCUGAGAGAAGUGAACUUGACUCUUUUAGACUCUGAAAAUUGUACCACACCUCACACUUUAUGCACUCAGGAAGAAGCCGGGCCAGCACGGGUAUUUAUUUAA